AGCCACAGCAAGGAUUUCGAUCUCAAGGUCGUUGAGUACAAUAUUGCCGAUAAUUCGGCACGUGAUUUCUGGCGAAUGUCAAGAAUAGCAAUAUGUCUGAAAAGCUUGCUUGGAACAUCUAGAGAAAAUUCGAUUAGUAAUGAGAUAUUGUAA